AUGCCUUUGUGGCCUUGCAAGAGCUUUAUUGCAAAGCUCCCCCCGAGAACUGUCAUUGAAGCCUUGAUUAGGUUAUUUUUUGAUGAAGUAAACUCCCACUACUUCAUCCUUGAACAUUUUUACUUCAAUGACUUGUUUUCACGCUGGCCACCACAAGAAGGGAUAGAUCCUGUCAAGUAUUUGAAUUCCGUGCAGCUUUCAACGGAAUUACGAUACUUUCCCUCUGUACUUUUCCAAAUCAUUGCUCUCUCCCUGCAGUUCUUACCACCUGAUUGGGAUGUUUUAUCUGGUACAUCAUUUGAGCUUGCUACUUCACGCACGUAUAGCGAUCUUGGCGAUGAGCUGCUAUACCUUUUGGGGAGACCCGGGCUUGCCAUAACUGCAGUUCAAGCGGAUUUCCUGAGAUCAUCGUGGCUAAAGAACUGCGGGCGAGCAGUUGAAGCCUGGCAUACGAUUGGGCAUGCCAUUAGACAGGCUCAGGAACUUGGACUGCAUCGACAAAAAGACGUAUAUCAGUCAAAUAAAAGUAAUAUUGAAGAAACGCUGAAUGCGUUUUGGUACGAGCAAAACAAGAAGCGCUUAUGGAUUAAUCUCUUUGUAUGGGAUGGUUACGUGGCUAUGAUUCUAGGCCGCCCUCGAAUGAUUCACAUGGACGACUGUGAUACAACGCCUCCCAUCGAUUGCAGCAUUCCUGGUGAUCCCUCUACGGCUGUACCAAUGACAGUGCGCCUCGAAGAUAGCCCUAACAUCUCCACAGCCUCAGCGCCUCUUUUUCGUUAUGCUCUCGCUUGCAAAGUACAUGAGAUGCGAGCUGUCAAAGCCGAUCGUCCUCGUCCAAAAGAUUAUUCUGUUGUCCAAAAGCUCCACAACGACAUAAUAUCGCUGGUGGAAACAUUGCCCGCUUUUUUGAGGCAGAAGAGUCCAGACACUACCUGGGACCAGGAUCAUCCAUAUCUGCCGCAGCUCCGUGAAGAAUUACAAGUCAUGGCAAAUUUGUUUCUCAUGACAUUACACCGGCCGCACAUCAUUUCUAAUUUGGAGAGCCGAAAAGCUGCUUUGCAAGCUUCACUUGAGACGCUUGGUUGCCAGCUGAUCUCCUUUACACAUGCCAAACAGCAUCAAUAUCAUCUAUUUGGACUGGCGUUCUAUACCAUCGAAGCUUCACUUCUUAUCUCCAUCAUCAUGAUUUUAUUCCCGCCACAGAACUAUGAGAUUAAACAAAAGGUCAGCCACAGCCUUCAACAAGCAAUCGAGAGCCUCUCAGAAAUGAGGCCUUUCAACCCAAUGGCUGCGUCGGGCUUAGAUAUCAUUCAACAUUGCUAUCAAAGGAUUAAGACAACGAUUGAUCUAAUGGGUGAUCUCAACCAAGAAGAUCUUUUUCAACCCCUAAGCUCGCAAGCCGCGUCUUCCCAACCCAACCUAACUUCAGAACAGGCCUCUUCAAUGAGUUUUGCGUCGACAUUUCCAGACAGCUUCAAUCAAACAUACUGGCUGGAUCAAUUGAGUGUUAUUGAUCCAUUCAUUUCAGAUCAGGACUCUGGUAAUCUCUGGGAAAACUUCUUGUUUGAUUCGUAG